CGCAGCUGUGUCAGUUCGUUUUACGUACGACGCGUGUUGCUGUCGGACAAGUUUCUCGCCAGUUUUGAAUUGAAGUAAAAUAAAUAUAAAAUCAACUCAAAGUGCUCGCUGGUGUGUGUGUUUAGUUGUUAAGCCAUGUCUGCAUUUAAAUCAAAUGUAAAACUGUGCCGCGCAAUAGAGAAUCAACCGAUUCUGUAUGAUCAAAGUCAUGAACAUUAUAGAAAAAGACUACCAUCAGAGAAUUGCUGGGAUUUGGUUGCUUCAGAGGUGGGAGAGUCGGUGGAGAAGUGCAAACGCCGCUGGCGUCAGAUCCGCAACGAUUACGUCCGCUGGACGUCCUCGGACGAGCAUCGUCACCGCAACGGGCUAAAGCGACCGGCUUUCUACUUGGCCGAAGAGCUUAAGUUCUUGAAGCCGCAUCUGUCUCUGUCCGACACCAGUGAGCGCGAAAGGGAAUCGCCCGAGGAAGAGCGAGAGCGAGAGCGGGAUAGGGAUAGGGAUAGGGAUAGCAAGAGCAAGAGCAAAGAGCCGACGCUCGAUGAAUAUAAAGGCAAGAAAAAGGAUAUUUACGAAGCAGUGGAGGAGCAGCCGCUGGCUAAACUGAAACAGGCAGCUUCUGCAAAGAUGCCCACGGAGCCCGAUACGAAUAAACCAGAUAAAGAUAAACCAAAGGAUAAGGAAGAAAAGAAGCAGGAGAAGGAAGAGCAAAAAGAGAAGCAGGACAAAGACAAAUCGAACGCCGCGAAAACGGACGAAGUUGCCAGCGAGGAGGAAAACGACGAGCCCGAGGACAGCAGCUCCCAUCCCGACGACAAGGAGCUGUCAGAGGGCACUGCCACGCCCACAACAUCAUCAGUAGGCUCGGUUGCCAGUUUUGCCGGGACCAGCAACAGCGCCGUAGCCAAACAGCCGGAGUUCUUCAUCAAGCAAAGCAACACGAACUCCUCAUCGAAUUGCCUGAUCAUUGGCAAGAAGCAACCAGUCUCGCCGGCCACGGAUCCGCUCUACGAGCAAAUGGUCGAGGACAGUCCCGAUGAGACCGCCAGCGUGGGCGGUGGCCGGCGCCUGCGUCGUGCGGCCAAUCGGAUCAAGCAGCUGCCCAUCCAAAAGGCAGCCGCCGAGCAGCGACUGACACGGUUGCAGCGCCGCAAAUCCAUGACCAUAGCUGCGGCCAACAGCCUGCGCAGCUCCACAUCGCCGGUCAAGAUGACACCGGUGCCCCGGGCCAGUUUGCCGGCGAACGCGGCACAAGCGAAGGCACAGGCGAAAGCGGCGCCCAAGCUGCCACCAAAGCCAGCUCCGCCCAGCAGCCGGGAUGACAUUUUUCCGCGUCCUCGAUCCACAGCACCGACGGCACAGCAGCUGGUGCUGGCUCGACGCCCAGGUCCCGUGCCUGGCCAGCAACAACAACAGCAGCAGCAGCAGCAACAGCAGCAUCCACAUCCACAAGCCGCACAGCCAACACAAACUGUGCAGCGUCAUCAUUAUGGUGUAGGUCGUCCGCCGGGUCCUGCACGCCUCGCUGCAAUGGCUGCUAUGAACAAACGCCCACUGGCUCCGCCGCCAGGACUAAGAGGCAACUUUGCCGGGCAGCGCGCUCCAGCGCCAGUUAACAUCAUGGAUAGCUUCAAGCAGCCCCCGACGGUUACUUCGACAUCGCAGCCUCAGCCUCAGCAGCAGCAGCAGCGCCUUGUAUCCACGAGCAACACAUUGGUCAUCAGCACCACCAACUGCACCGCGAGCAGCAACAGCACAAUGACGAGCACUUCCAGUUCCACGGCCGGGUCGAGCUUUUCAACGCAGACGGCCUCGAUCACCGCAUCGCCAAUUGUGAGCACAACUCCGCCGGUGCUAACCCUGAUCAAACGCUGCGAGCGGGGCAAUCAGACGGAGUGCCAGGACAUAUUCUCGGAUGAGCACUUUCUGGACAUGGUGCGGCCGCAGAUGAAGGAAAUGAAUCCGCGCCAGAAGAUGCACUUCAAGCAGAAGAUCUUCCAGGCCCUAAUGGAGACCUUCGACGAUGCCACCGACUUUCCCAACAGCGGCGAGGUCCAGCACUUCAAUAUGAACACGCCCUCGGGCUUCGAUCACGUCAGCGAUGGCGAGCUGCGUCUCAUCCGGGAGCUGGUCAGCAUGGUGAGCGCCGCCAAGCAUACCAACGAUCGGUCGCCCAGCAGCUGCCUCCCAGCUGCGACCACGCCCAAUCAGCGCGUGGCUUCCAGCAAGCCUCCAAAUGUUGUGCAGCGCAUCUUCAGGCCAGCGCACGUGCAGGGAGCAACUGCCAUUGGUGACGACAAGAAGCUCUAUCGCAUACUCCAGAUGAACAACCACACCAAGAUCGUGGCCGGAGUCAAUGUGUCGGCCGCUUUGACGGGCACAACUCAGCGCAAGGACAGCAUUGACAGCAACUCCAGCUCGCACACAAUCCCGCUGACCAGCGGGCCAGCUCGUAUGGGCACCUUUAUUGUGCCCGGCAGCAGUCCGAAGACACCACGCGCCAUCGUGGAUCCCCUGGAGGCCCUUUUCAGCCAUUCACCGGGCGCUUUUAGCAAAAUGACGCCAACUGCAGCCACGUCGGGAGUCUCCUCCAAGCCCGUUCUUGUGCGUCAAAUGGGCAGGCGCUACUCGGUCUGCGGUGCCGGUGGUCCCAGCACGGCUCUCGCCUCCACCUCCCCCGCCGCGGCUGCCAAUGCCGCCCAGCUGGAGGCUGCGCUGCUCAAGCGACGCAUGGGGCCCGCAUCGCAAACUAUGGUGCCGCCGCCGCAACGUGCGCGCUACUCGCAGAGUCCCGUGGGCAGUAACCAUAUCGCCGCCAUUGCACCCGGGAAUAGUCUGUUGAUGCGCAGCGUCUCGUCCGGCGGCCAGAAGCAGCCAUCGCCCACGGGGGGCGGCGCUGUGCCACAGAAAACGCCGCAGAUUGCCAGUAUUCAGGGCAGCGCGUUUAAUGAGUUUGCCACGCCCACCUCGGUGCGCAGCGGCAACUCGUCUGGAUCUGGCGGCAGCUCCGGCUCCUCAUCCAUUUCGCCGCUGAAGCGCAGCAUGAUCGUGGCCAAUGUGAAGGGCAAUGCGGGCCAGCAGCAGAAGCCAUCGAUGUCCACGGUGCGGCCACCAUUGAGCGCCGCGCCCGGCCCGAUCAAAAAGUCAACGUCUCCGAGUGCAAAUGUGGCGAAUCUAUUGGCCGAUUCUCGUGCCCAAUCCCAGCCGCUGCCACGCCCCGCGGCCAGGCAGCAGGCUGGGCGCGAGGACCCCGAAAUGGCGGGCAUCAUAGCGGCCGACGACUUCGACAUGGGUCGCCUGAAGCGCGAGCCGCAGGACAUUAUGGAUGACCAGGACGCCGAUAUAUUGGGCAUGUAGGUGCCAAAAAAAAAAAAAACAAUUGAAAAAAAUCCAUUGAAUUUCAUAUUUUAGUUUAUUAGCCACAAACAAAU